AUGAUAAUAAGCACGGUAUGGCUAAACGUUCUUCUUCUUGGACUAUCUUCAUGUGUAUUUGGAGAUAAGAUUUUGCUUUUGAAUUCGGCAAGAAUCGGACAAUCCCAUAUCUUUUUCAUGGGCAAGAUUGCCGAUGUUCUGGUGGAAGCAGGCCAUAAUGUGGUAAGUUAAGAUCAGACUUCCUUUUUAAACUUUUAAGGCGUUUUAAAGUCUGCGAGCUUUUUCUGUCUAGGGUCUGAGAACUUUAAAAAAACAUCCGGUUUUCCGUCACACUGGAAUAAGAUUCACACCGGAAAAUAAAUAGUCAAAUUCACUUUGUAGACUUUCUACCAACAAGCCGCCUUCACCUCACUGACCAAGAUUGGGGCCAAGAAAGCCCAAGUAAUUGUCCGACCAUGCGAGGUCGGAUGCCGUGAUCAGCCGGCUGAUAAUGUAUGGGGACAUGGCGAUGAGAUGCUGGAGAAUGGGGCUUUCCUCGGAGUGUAUGGCAUAACAAUGGGCUUGGCUUGUGAAUGUAGGAAAAAAUAUAUCAGCGGAUAAGACCAUCGUUUUUAGCUCAACUAAAAGACGACAGCCUUACGGACAUGUUGAGGGCUCAAAAUUACAAGUUGGUUAUCGCCGAGCACUUCGACUUCUGCGCGUAUGCUAUCGCCGAGAAGGCAGGAAUCAAGAAACUGAUUACGGCCUCUGCGGUUAUGAUCCAGCCGCCUAUCUUGGAGCAGAUGGGAAACCCUAUAAAUCUGGCGUUUACUCCGGGUAUGUCUAUUUGUCAUAUUGGGUCGAAAGUUCCGUCGUUUUUCUUAUUCUUUUGUUUUCUCCUCUACAAAACUGUGUUUUUAGUUUUUUGUGAAAAUUUAAUUUUUUAUUAUUUUUUGUGAUCAAAACUAAACCAUCCAGGAGGCAAAAAUUUGCGUUUACGGCCCUGCUUUUUUGCUGGGCAGUAUGUGGACACAAACAGCGAUAAAAUUAUGUCAAUUCCAGGUUUGGACGACGAUCAUGGAAGUGAAAUGACCUACCUCCAAAGAGCUAAAUCUCUGUUGAUGUAUCGAACAAAGAGAGAAUUUUGGCACGAAUGUUUUGAACGGCCCAUCAUUGAGGCCAUUCACAAGUUCUACAGGGCUGAUUUUGACAUUGCUGAGGCUAUUGCAAAGAGUUCUUACGUGUUUGUGAACAUCGACGAGCACCUGGCUUUUCAACAACCGCUAGGCGAGAAGUUCGUCUACAUUGGAGGGAUUGGAGAGCACAUGGGAAGAGACCAUGUCUUGCCUGAGGUAUAAUAGUAUUUAAUAUUCCUUUUGGCUAUAAAAACGGUUUGCAGGACUUCCAAAGGAUCGUGGACAAUGCUCGGAAAGGAGUCAUUUUGGUCUCAUUUGGGACAGUGGCUCAAAGUUAUUUGUUGCCUGAAGAUACAAAACGUGAACUCAUCAAAGUCUUCAAAGCUUUCCCUGACUACGACUUCAUCUGGAAAUACGAAGUCGAUGAUGACAUUGCAGCUAAUUUGUCCAAUGUUCAGAAAGUAAAAUGGACCCCACAGUCCGAUCUAUUAGGUAUACGAAACAAUGAUUCCUACAAAUAUCAUCAUUUUAAGCUCAUCCAAAACUUCUCGCCUUUGUUACCCAUGGCGGACUCAACAGUGUCAGCGAAUCUGCCCACAAAGGAAAGCCUUUCGUUUGCGUCCCCCUGUUUGCGGAUCAGAAUCACGACUGUUUCGCGGCGCAAGAAAAAGGACUGGCCGUGAUGGUGGAGAAGACCGAAAUGACCAAGGAAAAUUUGGUUCAUGCAUUGAAGGUUGUGCUGCAAGAAUCGUAAGCGCACUGUAGAGACCUCUUAUAACUGUUUUGGUUUAGAUAUCAACAAAGAUCUCUGGAAUUUGCCAAAAUGAUGGCCGAUAAGCCUUUCCAGCCAAAAGAAAGAGUUAUCGGAUUUGUCAAACACGCUUUAAAACAUGACGUGUCCAGUACGCUGGACCUGCCUGGAAGAAAAUUGUCAAUCCUACAGUACCACUUUGUCGAUGUUAUUGUUCCGUUAACCGUGGUUGUACUAGUUGCUGUUUAUAUCGCUUGUGUCGUUGUUAAGCGCGCAAUAAUCGCAAUACUGUAUUUAAACAAGAGUAAAGUGGAAUAA